AUGAUGCGGUUCGACGACAGCCAGAAGAUAAUGCGUUGUGACGGCACGCGAAAGCUGCCUUCACGUUUAGCCUCUCCCGUCACAACACCCCGCACGGCCAGUCCUCCGCCACUGCCACGUUUGCUCGUGAUUAUACCAAAUCUUACGCCAAUCCACUAUAUAAUGACUAGAAUUGGUAAAUCCUUCGCCGAGUAA